AUGGCGGAUCCCCGCCCAGAUCCUGAAUCAGAGCCCGAAUCCGUGUUCCCACGGGAGGUCAGACUCUUCGCCGACUCCUACUCGAAGAAAAGCCGGUUCUAUUUCUGUGGUCACGUGCUGAGCAUCACGGAGAACUUCGGGUCCCGCCUCGGGGUGGCAGCGCACGUGUGGGACGCGGCUCUAAGCCUGUGCAACUAUUUCGAGAGUCAGAAUGUGGAUUUCCGAGGCAAGAAAGUGAUCGAACUGGGCGCUGGGACGGGCAUCGUGGGUAUCUUGGCAGCGCUGCAGGGGGGGGAUGUUACCAUCACUGACCUGCCCCUGGUCCUAGAACAGAUCCAGGGCAACGUCCAGGCCAAUGUGCCGGCUGGAGGCCGGGCCCAGGUCCGCGCCUUGUCCUGGGGGAUUGACCAGCAUGUCUUCCCUGGAGACUAUGACCUGGUGCUGGGGGCUGAUAUCGUGUAUCUGGAGCCCACCUUCCCACUGCUGCUGGGGACCCUCCAACACCUGUGCGGGCCCCAUGGCACCAUCUAUCUGGCUUCCAAGAUGAGAGAGGAGCACGGGACAGAGAGCUUCUUUCAGCAUCUCCUGCCCCAGCAUUUCCAACUGGAGCUGGCCAAGCGGGAUGAGAAUGAGAAUGUUAACAUCUAUAGGGCCAGGCACAGGGGACCAAGACCUGCUUGAUGUCACCCUUCUGCUCCUCUGAAUACCUCGUUCUAAUGAAGGAACUGCCAUAUGUCCAGAGCCGUAAACAUAAGGACCAAAAACGAUGGAUUUCCCUUGCCUCUGUCUUUCCUCCUUCCCUUUUUGUUUCCUGAGAUACUCUUGGGCAGGUGCAGGGAGGUGCUAUGUGCUAGGAAUACUAGAGCCCUAGCUGUACCGGGCUAGAGUGCAAAGGAAAUUCCCAGUUCCUGUUCUCAGCAGUGGAAGAUGGGAGGGUAUCCAGGAUUUUACGGGAAGGGGAGGUAAGUGGGAUGUGUGAACAGUGGCUGCAGAGAGACAGUCAUGAUCCCAUCUAGUCCUGCUGUUGUCUUUUUAUACAGAAUGGAUUUUUUUCCCCCAGAUUCUACUGGAAUUUUUUAAAAAGGAAAAUAGGGCUUCCCUGGUGGCGCAAUGGUUGAGAGUCUGCCUGCCGAUGCAGGGGACGCAGGUUCGUGCCCCCGGUCCGGGAAGGUCCCACAUGCCGUGGAGCGGCUGGGCUCGUGAGCCAUGGCCGCUGGGCCUGCGCGUCCUGAGCCUGUGCUCCGCAGCGGGAGAGGCCACAGCAGUGAGAGGCCCGCGUACAGCAAAAAAAAAAAAAAAAAAGGAAAAUAAAUAAGCAUUAAAGAUCUCUUCUGCAUCCAGAGAACUCGGGCUUUUACUGGGGGGCUGGGAAGCAAGAAAACUCCGACCACCCACUUCUUGCUUCUAGAGAUAGUCUGGUGGAACCAUGGCUCUAACUGGGUUAAGUCCUCCCAGCCCUGAAGUUGGGGAUAGGCAGCAGAGCUGUCCUUUGGACCAUAGCUCCUUCACUCUUUUUGGAGUUGGACCCCUGAUCACUAAGUACCAGGUUCUCUUUGAUUUUUCUUUAGGUUUCCAGUCCCUAUCAGUCCUUCCUUCCUAAUGUGUUUUGCCUUCACCUCUUUUCUCCUCCCACUGUGGGGCCUCUGAUGGGGGCUCUCCUGACUUACUCCUUGGGCCACACAUCACCUCCUGGGGCCUCCUGGCCUCCAUUCACUCCCCUUCAAACCAUUUUGUAAACUCUGGUGAUCAUCCAAAAUCAGCUCUGAUUAGCUUCUGCUGCUGCCCAACAGAAGCAAGAAUAAGCUCUUCUGCUUGGUACUCAGUGUGUCCCGUGUGAUCCCAAAUUAUCCUGCUACUUCAUUUCCUACUGGUCUCCUACAUGUAUGGCAACCUCUGGCCAAAUUACAAAAGGUCUACUCUUUGUUCCCUAAAUCCACACCAAGAUUCCCUGGCUUCUUCCUUCAUUCUUUUUGAUGAUUCCCUGCCUGGAAGGGCUAUUUCUACCUCUCAAACUCUUCAUUAUUCUUAGCUUGUCUCCUGAAGAAAGCUUUUCCUGAGCCUCCUGUUUGAAUGUGAUUUCUUUCUCCCUUGAGACGCUUUAACUAACUUCGUCUUGUGAGGCUUACCUUGUCUCGUGUGAUCAUUUGUCUGCUCCCUAUUUUCUCACCAUUAGAUUACCUUGGAGGGCAGGGCUAUGGUUCCUGGCACACAGUUGGUGUUCAUCAAAUAUUUUUGUUCGUUCAACAAAUAUUUACUCCUCCUCCCUGUGUGACCUUGGCCAAACUUCUGAACCUCACCCAACUACCUCACAAGUUUGUCAUGAGUCAUAAAUGGAUAAUGAAUAUGAAGUACAUUGGAAAUAAACAUGAAGUGUUAC